AUGCCUUCCAUCUUCAAGUACGCUACUGUGGCCCUCGCCGCAGUCGCUCCUCUGGCUUCUGCGCAGACCUACUCCAAAUGCAACCCUCUCAAGAAGACUUGCCCUGCCAAUCCCGGUUUGGCCCAGGCUGAUGCCGACUUUGACUUCUCCAAGGGUUCUCUCGACAAGUGGUCCACCACUGCCGGCAAGGUCAACACCGGCUCCAAUGGUGCUGAGUUCACUAUCAACAAGCAGGGCGAUGCUCCCACCAUCCAAUCCGACUUCUACUUCUUCUACGGUACCGUUGAGGUCACCAUGAAGGCCGCCCCCGGCACAGGCAUUGUUAGUUCCAUUGUCCUGGAGUCCGAUACUCUUGACGAGGUCGACUGGGAGGCUCUUGGCGGCAACACUGGCGCUAUUGAGACCAACUACUUCGGCAAGGGCGAUACCUCUACCUAUGACCGUGAUACCUGGCCUGCUGUGUCCAACCCUCAGGGUGAAUUCCACACCUACAAGGUGGACUGGCAAAAGGACCACAUCACCUGGUACAUUGACGGUGCUGCUGUCCGUACCUUGAACUACAACGAUGCUCAGGGCGGUGCUCGCUUCCCCCAGACCCCCAUGAACAUCCGCAUCGGUAUCUGGGCUGGUGGUGACCCCACCAACGGAGAGGGCACCAUUGAGUGGGCCGGUGGUAAGACCGACUACUCUGCUGCUCCUUUCUCCAUGUACAUCAAGGAUGUCAAGGUCCACAACGCCAACCCCGCCCAGUCGUACACCUACACCGACAACUCUGGCUCCUCUGGCUCCAUCAAGGAGGGCGGUGCUGUUUCGGGCUCUCAGACUCGUGACACUACCACCACCUCUUCCUCCAGCACCUCGGAGGCUACCACCGCCGCCACUAGCGAUGCGACCACCACCGCCAGUGAUGCUACCACCACUGCCACUACCCUGACCACUGCCACCAAGUCCUCUUCGGCUGACUCUACCACUACCACUGCUGGCUCUACCACCGCUGGUUCCUCCAGUGCCGCCGGCUCUUCCUCUGCUGCCACUGGCAGCUCUUCCACCCCCACCGCGACCUUCAACGCUGCCUCCAACGUGGCUGCCAGCAUGGGUCCCCUCGGCCUCCUGGCCCUGCUCUCUGCUUUCAUCCAGCUGUAA